GGGGUGCAAAUCAGCGGGAAAGGCUGGGGGAAGACGGAAAGUUUGGAUUUCUCCUGCCCCAUGGUGCAAAGCCCAAACCAAACCAACUAAAAACCUGCUGUUGCAGGGACAAUGCUGUGGGAAAAAGGAGGAACUUUCACCUAAAUAGUUAGCACAGGCUGUGUUAAAGACUCAAUGAGUCAAUAAGGGUGAACAGUGAGCGAUUACCCUUUCUCUGGUGUGUUUCCGCAUGUUUGAGUGUUUUCCCCUACACAUUUAUACAUGCAGGUACACGUCCAUUUAUACAAACACGUGUACAUCCCUUGUUCACACGGUCGUGCACGCUGCUCUUUUUCCUCAGUGUGUCUGGAAGAUGGUUCCGAACCAACUGGAUGGGAUUUUUAAUUUCCGAAGGCACGAGCUCUCCUGGCAUCCGCAGAUGUGACCCGCAAUUUCGAGAGGAAGAGGAGCGCAGACCUCCUGCCUGGAGUGACGGUCAGGAGGGAGGUGGGGGAGGGCUGGGCCCCUCUUGGUGUCCCGGGUUCCCAGCAGAAGUCUCCAGGACUGCGGGAGUCUGCAGACUCGGAGUUUCCGCGCCGGAGGAGCGGGUCCACGCGGACAGGCAGUUCCAGCCCCGGGUGAGAGCGGCCCCGUCUCCUCCCCGUCCCCGGCGCCGCCAGCAGCAGCCCUGGAGCGAUUUCCCCUCCCCGCCACCCGCGCUCUCUCUCCUCCUGCGCCCAGGCCGGUCUCCGGCUCCGGAUCCGGGCGGCGACGGUGUAGAUGGGCGCGCACAGGGGACGGUCCUGGAGCCCAGGAAGGGUGCGAGCUGGAGGCGGCGGUUCAGAAAAGUUGUCAGGUCUCCAGCGCGGGCAGCGGCGGGAGCUGGAGCCGCGGUCAAGAGGACCCCAGGGGACGCGGCCCGCCUGGCACACACGGCCACGGGUGCGAGGGACUCGACGAGCUGGGAGGACGCGGUCACCGCUGGUGCGGCGCACUGGGCCCGGUGAUUGGCGCCUUCCCCGGCACAGGACUGCCUACUGGGGGACACAAGAGAAGGACAUGACAGAGCCUGUGACUUUUACCAGCCAUCAGUUCAAAGGGAAACCUGCACACAACCUGCAGCUGGUUAAAGGAUCAGGAAGGAAAUAGUUCAUCUGAGCACAGUCUCUGGAGCCUGAGUUCAAACCCUAACUCACCCCUUGCUAGUUUUGUGCCAGCGGGCAAACUUCUUAACCUAAUAUGACUUAGUAGAUGCAAAGUACUUAACUCAUGCUCGAUGUAUAGUUAACAAUUAAUAGUUAAGAUUAAUUUCAUUACCUCUUUGUGAUUAUUUCAAACUCAUUGAUUUCUUCUUUUUCUAAACUCUGACAAUAGUUGAAACUGUAUUGAGCACUUCUAGUGUUGCAUUAUGUAUUCUCAUUUAUGCAUCAGUAUUUAUUGUGAGCAUACAUCUUCUCUUCCCAACUAAAUUAUUUGUUCCCAGGGAUAAAACUGUGUUUUCUGCUUUGGAUAUGUAUUGGCUAUAUCAUAUGUGUAAUAGGGGCCUUUACAUAAUUAGUUCUGAUAGAAAUGAUACGAUCAUUUUUUGUAUCAUAAGUUAAACAUAAUAUAAUGGUAAUAUAAUACCACGAAAAAGAUGGCAGGAGUGACAGUUAAGCUCCUGAGCCGACACUGUUUCAACUCUUGAGAAGCACCCAUUAAUACAUCAAGUGUUAUGGCCAUUUUGAAGCAGUCUUAAUUUCCUUAAGGUAGUUGCAUUAGUCUUCUGGCACUGCCAUAAAAUACCAUAGUCUGGGUGGCUUAAAUUUUAUUUUCUCACAGUUCUGGAGACUGGAAGCCCAAGAGCAAAGUGCCUGCUGAUUAGUUCCAGGGCUUUCUUCCCAGCUUGCAGACAACCACCUUCUCACAGUGUCUUCACGUGGCAGAGAGAAACAGCGAGCAUUCAGCUCUCUCUCCUUAGAAGGGUCCUUUCAGACCAGGGCUCCAUCAUUACCACCUACCUUAACCUUAAUUAAUUCCUUACUCCAAAUUCAGCCAGAUUGGAUGCUAGGGCUUCAACAUAUGAAUUUUGGGGGACACAGUUCAGUCCAUCGCAGAGGUCUUUCCACAAGAAAAAACCAAUAUGAUUGUUCUGUCCCUCUGGGUUUUGUGAGCCAGUCCAUACAAGAAACUGGCUUCCCCAAGUUAUCCUGGAUGACCUGUAUUUUACCUUUUUUAUAAAAAAAUUAAAUUACUAUAUUGAUGAGGAGUCAAUGCCUAGGUCAGGGUUGUAAACUCACCCUGGGUCCUGGUAUUCAAAUGUGUCAUUGGGAUUCUGUCUCCAUCUCCAGUGCUGCUUUCCCCAAUGUUGGCCUUGUUCUCACACAGUUCCCUGAAGGGGUGACAGGAAGGCCAGGCAGGGAACACAAAUGAGGCAAGUCUGGGCAUGGGGCAGGAGGGAAUGGUGGGGACUGAGGCGAACCUUAGGACAGAGGCCCCACGUAAAGUGCUCAGAGGCCACUGAGGGCCAUCUGACUAGUGCCAGGAGAAAUGUAUGUCCCACUUUCCAGAUCUUUUUAUAUUUUCAAAGAAAAGCUAGAGAUCUGGAUUUUUUAUGUUGAUUUUCUAUGUUGAUUUUCUAUGCUAAUUUCAUUUCUUAAAGAUUGACAACUAAUUCGAUGUUAAAAAUUGUGUUAAAUUAGAAGAAAAAUGUCAUCAAGCAGGCAAUCCAUUUUGGAUCUCUAACCUAAGCUUUUGGAGGAAAUUAAUAAAAGUGGCAAGAUCACAUUGGUGGGGGAUUAACUUGCAUAUACAUCCAAUUUUGUCAUUGCCUAUUGAGCUUAUUACUGAAGACUCAGUGUCAUAAAAUAUAUCUGUUCGUUCAUUCGCGGCACUGGGUUCAGACGGUCUGUUAAAAAAAAAAAGAGUCAAUUCCAACAGUAACUUUUUUCUCGAGAAUAAUUGCUUAAAUAUCUGGUACACUCUGAGGGCACUCUUGGUUUCUCUUUUUUUUCUUUCUUUUUUUUUUUUUUUAACAAGAUUACUGAGUUGAAUAAGUCAGAUUAUAUUAUUAUUUUACUAUUUUGUUUGGGUUUGGGAAUGAAUAAUAGUUGAUGUUUUUCUUCUUAGCAUUCCUUUGCCCUUCCUGUCCUAACAGUAUCUAAGAAUGCUAUGGAAAAGCACCACUGGUCCCCUACCUUCCAGCUUUGUACUUCAGGAAAAACUGACUUUUUUUUUAGGGCUCGGGAGGGGGCCUCCUGGCAUAGGCUGGGCUACUCAAUACAUUCUCCCCGCAGGCUACAGUGAUAGGGUUAAGGAUGACACAUGACCCACUAGAGACGAUGACAUGCAGCAUGGCUUCUUCCUUCUUCUACUGUGACUUGUGGAAAAGGAACCCUAACCAGUUCUUGAUGGACUGAACAAUGUUUGGGAGAUGGUGUUCUUGUCACCAUGUGGAGCUUAAGCAAAAAGCCACACCAUGGAAAGCGAAACUGAGAGAUGAAUGAAAAAGCAUGUUGGUGCCACUGUUGGCACCUGAAUCCAUCUGAGUCCGAAGCCAGUCUACUCCUCGUGACUGUGUGUUUUAUAGAUUUCUUUAAAAAGAAUCCUUACUGAUAUACAUAAUGGCCAAAGGAGAGGAAGAUCAGUCUCAAUUAGUGAGAAGUCCAAAGCAAAUGGAUGUAGAGGACUACGUGCUCACAAACAGGGUGUUCCCGAUAAGUCCUGCUCUUG